GCAUUCGUACGUAAAAAUAUGUUGUGAUAAGUGAACUUAUCCGGACGAACUCACCCCUGUGCUGACUCCUUUGACUUGAGAGUCUGUGUAGUGUUUCUCCAUUUUCUCUCCAAAAUCGAAAGAAGGGAAACAGACGUGACGCUCCAAACAGCGACCUCAGGCGCAGAGACGCGCAGAGACGCACAAACAUCCACGAUGGCUCUGGCAAAUGUCCUCGAAAUUCCGGCAGCUGGAUUCAGUUUUGAAAACGCACCGAGAAAUGCUGCAUUAGAGGGUCUUUUGGACGGAGUUCAAACUCCCAAACCUCUGAAAACAGGCACCACCAUAGCUGGACUGGUGUUCAAGGAUGGGGUGGUGCUGGGGGCCGACACAAGAGCCACCUCCGGUGAAGUCGUGGCCGACAAGAUGUGUGCUAAGAUCCAUUACAUUUCUCCAAAUAUCUAUUGCUGUGGAGCAGGAACAGCAGCAGACACAGAGAAAACCACCGACCUUCUUUCAUCCAACCUCGCCAUCUUCUCGCUGAACAGUGGCAGGAACCCUCGCGUCGUCAUGGCUGUCAACAUACUGCAGGAUAUGCUGUACAGGUAUCACGGCCAAAUUGGUGCCAGUCUCAUCCUGGGAGGAGUGGACUGCACUGGGAACCACCUGUACACAGUGGGGCCAUAUGGGAGUGUAAAUAAGGUUCCAUACCUUGCGAUGGGAUCUGGUGAUCUGGCUGCUCUCGGGAUUUUAGAAGAUGGGUUCAAACCUGACUUAGAGCUGGAGGAGGCGAAGGAGCUGGUGCGAGCUUCCAUCCACGCAGGCAUCAUGAGCGACCUCGGCUCAGGCAACAACAUCGACAUCUGUGUCAUCACCAGGAAAGGCGUUGACUACAUCAGGCCCUACCAGGAGUCACAGUACAAAGACAGCAGAAAACUGAAAUACAAGUAUCGUCCAGGUACGACGCCGAUUCUGACGGAGAAAGUUGUCCCCUUGAAGCUUGAGGUUGUACACGAGACUGUGCAGCAGAUGGAUUCAGCAUGAACCUAAAUGCAUACUAACGCCGCAAAACCCUGCAAUAAAAGGAAGUUUGUUAAAUUUGAUAGCGUUCAAAUGUGGUUGUGCAACAUCUCAGACAUCUUUUUAAAACAUUGUCACUACCGUUUCUGUUUCCAUCCCUGUUUUGUAGAAUAAUUUACUGUAAUGAUACUGUAACACUGCAUGAGUCACAAUAUUGAAUGAAGAUUAUGAAAAACUAUUAAAAUCCUCUUUAUAAACACACUCAU